AUGAGUUGGUGGGGAAUUGCGGAAGAAGUUUGGAGAAAAGGUCCAUGGACCGGCGAAGAAGAUCGUCUCUUGAUCGAAUACGUCCGUCUUCACGGUGAAGGUCGUUGGAACUCAGUUGCUAGACUCGCAGGAUUGAAGAGGAAUGGCAAAAGCUGCAGACUAAGAUGGGUGAAUUACCUUAGACCGGACCUCAAGAGAGGACAGAUCACUCCUCACGAAGAAAGUAUAAUACUUGAACUACACGCUAAGUGGGGCAAUAGGUGGUCAACGAUUGCACGUAGUUUACCAGGAAGAACAGACAACGAGAUCAAGAACUAUUGGAGAACACAUUUCAAGAAAAAGACAAAGUCUGUGACAAACAAUGCAGAAAAGGAAAAGAAUCGUCUCCUAAAGAAACAACAAUUCAAGCAACAGAGACAAAUGGAGUUGCAACAAGAACAACAAUUAUUUCAGUUCGACCAACUCGACAUGAAAAAGAUAAUGUCCUUACUCGAAGAAAACAGUAGCAGUAGCAGCAGCGAUGGCGGCGAUGUGUUCUAUGCUCCUUAUCAAAUGACACAUUCAUCAACAACCUCUGGGUAUAAUAAUAACCCUAAUUCGUUGGAGGAGCAGUUACAAGGGAGAUUUGCGCCGGUAAACAUACCUGAAUCUACUACGAUGAUGAACGAAGAAAAUGCGAUAUGGAAUAGGUUUUGGAACUUGGAUGUUGUGGAUGGACAUGGUGGGAACUUUGGUGGUGCGGGUGCUACUGCUGCUUGCGGCCCAAGGAAGACCUAUUUACAUAACUUAGUGAUUCCAUUUUGUUAA